ACAACUUUGCGUUGUUUAACACCACAUUACGCCAUUUUUAGCUCACUAAAUAUGGCUGACGAAAUAGCGAAAGCCCAAGUGGCUGAACCGACUGAAGACACUAUAUUUGGAAAAAUAGCUAGAGGCGACAUACCUUGUAAAUUUAUUUACGAAGAUGAAAAGUGUGUAGCCUUCAAUGAUAUGAGCCCUCAGGCUCCAACACAUUUCCUUGUCAUCCCGAGAAAACCUAUACAGAUGUUAGAGAAGGCCGAUGAUGCAGAAGAGCAGUUGCUGGGACAUUUGUUGUUGGUUGCCAGGAGGGUUGCUAAGGAACAAGGUCUGACCAAUGGCUACAGACUGACCAUAAAUAAUGGAAAAGACGGCGGCCAAUCAGUUUAUCAUUUACAUAUCCAUGUGAUGGGUGGUAGGCAGAUGAUGUGGCCUCCAGGAUAACUUGAUAACAGAAAGGUCAACACUGUGUGCAAAGGUCAAUGAGUGUCCUUCAACUUUGACCUUUGAUAUAUUUUAAUUUCAUAGUAGUUAACUUAUCCUCCCAGCAUAAACAUUCUUCACUUAUCAUCAUUAUAUAUAGUUACAAGUAUACUCGGUAAACCAUGGGUACUCAUUACGUUUACACUUCAUUCGUAAUGAAUGUAGUUCAGCGAAAUCAGAAUCUGUGGGUUCUGACAAUGAUUUACUAGUAAGUUUAACUUGUUUAGUUACUAGUAUAUGUUAAUAAGAAUUUAAUCUAAUAUUUAUAAAAGUUUAUAACCAUGUUUAAGAAUGUCUUGUGCAAUGUUUUAAAUUGUAAGACAAUUAAGGUAAUCAUGGUCAUGCUGGUAAAAUUCAAUAAAUACAAGUCAUAG